AUGGCAUCUUCGACGCCCGCAACGAGCUUCAGCAGCGACGAUAGCAAACAUCGUGGGCGUCCAACCAAGCGCAAGGCCCAGAUGGCCCAAACGCCGUACGCGCUGCCAUCUCCCAAACGAUCCGACGCAGGCAGCGACGUGGACCGCGACGCGCACGACACAUCGGAGAAGGCGGAUGCGGCCGUCGUCGAACAAGCAUACCGGGCGAUCUGGGAUAGCUUUUGCGGACGCCUAGUGAGGUCGACCGUCAAAUUUCCCCUGCAAUACCAACAAUCAUACGACGAGCUAUACCAGAAACUUGAGGAGCAUCGAGUGCCUGGGUUAUUGGCAUACUUUCAAGGGUUCGGACACCCGCAUCAUUUAGACCUGCCUGGCCUGGCUGGCCUGCCCUGCUUGCGCCUGAGAGCUGUGUCGUCCGAUACCAAGGUCCGCGAGAGCAUCUCAUCAAAAGCAAAGCCAUUGCCUGCAUUGCACGCGUGGCAUGGAGCUCAACGUUAG